GCCGCGGAAGCGAGCCCCGCAGGGCAGCGUAGCUCGCACGCGUCCGUGUCCCUGCGGUCACGCGUGUCGCCCCUGCGGGGGCUUCCUCCCUGGGCUCGGGGGGUGGCCGAGCGGUCGCCACAGCCUGGUGCUGCUGCCUUCGCCCAGGUUUCUCUGGACUCCUGUUGAAGUUCUGCCUGGAAAUUUGUAUUCAUUGACUUCUAUAAGAAGAAUUUUGUUGCCACUGCCUUAUCAAGAUGAAUGUAACAUAUUUGAACCAUUCAGGAAUUCAUUUGUCUUCUGGGAAAUCUCAAAGAAGAAAUAUGCCUGAAGACGCAGUCUUUAUUGACAACAUUCCUUCAAACACACUUACUCCUGUGAAAGAAUUGGCAAAAUAUCAGAAGUCCUCUCUAAAACUGAAUGGUCAUGACAAGAAUCAGUUAAUAGAAAUGGCAGCUUCUAACAAUAAAAAGAAAUGUCACUCCACCAUGCUAUCAGAGGCUACCCUUUCAAACAGCUAUCCUGAUAUCAGUGUUAUAAAGUGCAACAUGAAUGGAUUAAGAAAUGAAAUGAACUAUGAAACACCAAGAAAAAUCUUUCAAAGAAUGAAAGAAAAAAUACAGCAUGACAAAGAACAAGCAUCAAGCAGCAGUAGCAUGUUGGGACCACCACAGUGUGAACAUAAGAAAGUCUUCACUUCUAACAGAGAUAAGAAAAUUCAGUUGCAACAAACCUACCUCUGUGAGGAAAAAGAAAAAUCAUCCCAAUCCAAUAAUAGUUCAUUAGGAGAGCUUCCAAUUCUGAAGCAAGAACAAAAAAGUGUUACAGCUUCAAACAUCUCAAGCAAGGCAUUAACUAGAGCUCAGUUUGCUAGACAAGUUCUUCAUUCAAAAGAGAAAACUGUUAAAACCACUGUGUCCAAAAAGGACACAUUUGUUUUGAAAGGUGUUAAUUCUACUUAUGAAAAGCUUGGAAAUACUGGCAUUAAGACUGUGAGUUCUGACUGUGUUCCUGUUCUGGACUCGAUGACUUCUGGGAGUGAUGUGUCAACAGAAGGGACUGCAAAAGAGGAUAUUUUAGAACAAAAUAAAAAAUCGGGUUCUAGAGGAACGACUCGUCAUUCCAUGGAAAAUACAUGUGAAAUCAUACUUGCAAGUCCAAGACUUAAUCUAACAAUACCUGGCCGGUCUCAAAGAAACGUUACAAAGCUUGAAGCUGUUGCAAGUGAAGCUAAAAAAUACCAGGUUGUCCAGCUACAGGAAUGGAUGAUUAAAGUCAUCAAUAAUAAUACAGCUAUAUGCAUAGAAGGAAAGCUGGUGGAUAUGACUGACGUUUAUUGGCAUAGUAAUGUAAUUGUAGAGCGAAUUAAACACAAUGAACUUAGGACAUUAUCGGGGAACAUUUAUAUAUUAAAAGGAUUAAUAGACCGGAUUUCCAUGAAAGAAGCAGGAUAUCCCUGUCAUCUCACAAGAAAAUUUAUGUUUGGAUUCCCUCAAAAUUGGAAGGAACACAUUGAUAAUUUUCUAGAACAAUUAAGGGCUGGAGAAAAGGACAGGAAUAAGACCAGACAGAAAACUGCAAGAGUUCAUGAAAAACAAAAAUCAAUGAAAAAUGAUGCAGAAGAUACACAAGCAGAUGUCCUCCUAAAAGCCAGCAACACUUAUGACCUUACUGAUGAUACCUUGGAAAUGAAGAAAAAUAAGCACAAUGGGUUCUCAGGAGCUACAGAAAUAAACAUUGGAUGUAAUAAUUGUCAAAAUAAGCCACAGUUAAGACUCCUCCAUAACCAAGAAUUAUCUGGAAAAGGGGAUUGCAGAAAACUUCCUUCAAAAAACUUUGAGAAUUUUGAAGGAAUAAAUAAAAGGAAAAUUCGAAGUCAGAAGCAAGAGAGAACUGAAGUGUCAAAUGUACUGAUUGGUACCCCGAACUCACUGGAGCAGCCUACCUCUGACAAAGAAAGAGAACACCUGCCUCUGAAUCAGAAGGAAGUUUGUGUUUUAGUAACACCACUUAAAACUAUAAAGCGGGUAGAGAAAAGAUGUAAAGAGUUCAAUCUCUCUAUCAAAGGAGUAACAGAGAUUUUCAAACCAAGGCAUCAAGAAGAAAGUGAGUCAGAUGUGCAUGUAAGUUCUACCCAUAAGUCCUCAGAGAUCUUUGAACAUAGUGUGGGUUAUGAAAGUAGCCCCAAGGAAGAUUUCAGUGAAUGUGAUAUACUCACUGUCAGAGAGAGCAUUCAGAUACCUUGUCCUGCAAUGGUCACCAACGAUUUUAAGAAUAUCAAGUUGCCCUCAAAGUUGGAGAAAACUGAAAAUCGAGUAGCCGUAUCAUCGUUCAGUCAGUCCUCAUCUCUUAUGUCAAGUGAAGAGAAUGAAACAGAGAUUAGAAGGAAAGCCAGAACAAGAAACUGCAAAGAAAGGCUGAUGGACCAGAGAAAAAGCACAUGCACUAUCACAAAAGAUAUCCUGCUGGUUUCACAAUCUGAAGGUGAGAAUGGUUCUCAUAUCACAUCACCGAAAUCUAGAUCUGCUAAGGAAAUUUUUCCAAAAUCUGGUGUUAGCAGGAAGUUCCCAAUUGAAGUUAAGCGAUUUGAUACAACAAACAGGCAACUGUUAGGCCGUUGUCCACCUGGUUUCAUUGAUAAUGAAGAAUGGAAUGAGCAAGAAUUGCAGAAGCUUCAUUGUGCUUUUACAUCUCUUCCAAAGCACAAGCCUGGUUUUUGGUCAGAUGUAGCUAUGGCAGUAGGCUCUCGAACUGCUGAUGAAUGCCAGAGGAAAUACAUAGAAGAUUCCCAAGGCAAACGAUCCCAAAAACAAGUCUCUAAGAAAAAGCAAGCCAGUUUCAAGGUCAAAAAUGGUGAGAAAGAAAAUGCUCUUGAGAAAAAUACUAUUAAGAUAACUGCCAGAGCGGGAACUCUAAAAAGGAAACGACAAAUGAGGGAUUAUCUGGAACAGUUGCCACAAGACAACCAUGAUGACUUUUUCACUGCAACACCCAUGCAGAAACAAAGAAUAAUGCUGCCAAGUUUUCAAUACAGUCAAGAUGAUGAUUUUCAGCUCGAUGUUGACAGGAAUCCAGCAUCUCCAUCAUCAGUUACUUUGCCAUUGACAGACACUCCACAGUGUCAGCAUGUCAGUCCUGGUAUGCUAGCCUCUAUAAAAAGUGAUGAUUAUGAUAAAUAUGUUUUCCAUAUGCAAAAAAAUGCUAAAAAGUAUGGCAAGUGUGGUCUUGUGUGGGGCAACGUUAGGAAAAAAACAGUUGAAAAUGAUGUCUCACCUACAACAUCAAUACGAAAAGCCCUGUUUAACAAAGAUUUAGGUGAAAACACUGCUAUCACAAAGUAUUUCAAUGAUGCUGUAGAAUCAGACGAAGAAGAGAAAGAUUAUUAUUUUUCAAAUUCUGACUGAUAGUAAAUAUGAUUUGCAGGAUUUUUACCCUCAAGCAGAGCAGACUUAUAUUCUCAUUUGAUGAAUGGGUAUUUUCUUUGUAAUAAGGGAAUACGAAUUUGUUUCCAAAAGAUAUGUCUGUAUGCAAGGUUAACAUCCUAUAGAGCAUUCCUCAGUGUUGCAAUAAAAUACAAGUAAAAGUA